AUGGCGACAGUAAAAACAGAUGUCACAGGUAAAGACAUGUGCAGGUUUAAAACUGUCUUCAACAUGGGAGUCUCUCGAACAGGGUGCAUCACUGGCAUCGCUGGGAAUGCCUCAUCCUGGCCAUACAUGGGGCCAGCUAUUCCAAACUGGCUUCCUGCCUGGCUCAGUUUUUUGCCUUUUAAUUACAAACUUUAUUCACCUUUGUUUUCCAUGAUGAAGAGGAAAAUCAUGGUGCUGAUGCCUUGGCUUCUGAGGAUAUCCCCAUUCACCUCCUUAUGCUUCAGCUUCCCCUUCUCCACAUAUACCCUCAAUGCAUAUGGACACAGUUCCACUCUUAUCCCCUCCUCCAACACCACUGAGAAGUACUUUUCUGAGACCAAUGUGGUCAACCUGGUUCUUCCCCAUAACUUGAGGACUGUCAUUCCUCUGAUCAUGUUAUCCAUGGGUCACCCUGCUGUGAUCAUCUCUCUCAGGAGACAGACACACUCUAUACACAUGGAAAGCAAUGGCACAGGCUUCAGGGCCCACAGUAUGGAGGCUCACACGGGAGCCAUCAAAGCUAUCAGCUGCUUUUUCAUUCUGUACAUUUUCAAUGCAGUCGCUCUAUUUCCCAUGUCCAACAUCUUUGACAUUGACAGUUCCUGGGAUAUUUUGUGCAAAAUCAUCAAGGCUGCUAGCCACUCGGUGCUACUGACCUUGGGCAACCCCGGGUUGAGAAGAGCCUGGAAGCAGUUCCAGCACGGAGUUCACCUUACCUAUCAGGGCAGACUCUGUGGCUGGGGCCCACAGACUACCACAGGGCCUGGUCCAAACAGCUCUGCCUCAUCCCUAACACACUGCCUGGCCCAGACAGUGGACCUACCCCAGAUUCCCCAUCUCAUGGGAGCAGGUCCAAACAAGCAGUGGCAUCGGGAAGUGGAACUGGGUGAAGCCAUUUCUCUGCACUCAGGGAAUCUGUGGAGACAGCCGCAGGAAGGAGAUAAAGUCAAAGGCCAAGUAACUGAAGAAUAUGUCUGGCAAGUCCUGAUCCGAAGAAGUCACUCUGAAAAGUCAGACCCUACGGCCUGA